AUGGGUGCUCAACUGGAAGGGACAGCAAGAGAGUGGUGGACCUCCAAGCUCCGUAUUGAUAGAGCUAGAGAAGGAAGGUUGUUCAAUGAUUGGCACUACUUCACAGAGCGACUGUCAGAGCAGUUCAACCCACGCAAUGCUAGGAUGGAGGCAUACAACAAGCUGUUGGCUCUCAGACUCACAAGUGAUGCUCCUGGUGCCGCCACACGUCAUGUAGAGCGGUUCAGAGACUUGGAGGGACAGGUCAACCUAGAUGACAACGAGCUAGUGAUUGAUCUCUUCAGAGGAAGUCUCACUCGCAGCAUACAGGAGAAGUUUGAGAGGAAUCCACCUGGGAAGAGAUGGGAGUGGUAUCGAGAGGUUGAGGAGAUCGAUCGACAGAGGAUGCUACUACAGCAGUCCUCAGCUAGACACUCACUCCCAAAUGCCAUGUCACCUCCACUAAGAACUGGGUCUCGGCCAAAUCAAAGUUCGAUCCCCAUCCGACAACCCACUCAACCUUAUCCAGCUCGAUCACCAUCACAAGCAACUACACAAGCAACUAUACAAAACCUAAACCGACCCCUUCCUCAUCAUCCCACCCAACCCACGAAGCAAGGAAGCCCUGCUCCAUCAGGUAUCAACACCUGUCAUGUAUGCAAGGGUAUCGGCCAUUGGGCCAGAGACUGCCCCAGCAGGAGGGUAAACCCUCUUAGCUCUCGACCCAUGGGACCAAAGGUUAUGGUCACCACAGCAGACCCCUUCGAGGAGGCCACCGACUCAGGAGAUGGCCCCACAGGCAGCACUGAGACGGGUGACCCCGAGGCCAUGGACCUCAGCUCAUACCAGCAACCCAUGGACCCCGAUCACGAGGAGGAGCACGAUGAUGAUGACGACGAGGGAAACGUCAGGGGGGUGAUGCACUGA